GGAGAAGGAAAAAAAACCCGUCUCGCUCACACAUGAACAAUUCUACAUGGGACCGUCGGAUGGAUGGAAAGCUCGGCGCUGGGAGGGGUCAGAAGGUUAUUGAUACCGCUAGACUGAAGGGACUGUGUGCAAAAGCAUAAAUAGCUGUGAGGAGCUUUCGAUUCUUGCAGUCUUCUCAGACAGCCCAGGCAUCGGUGACCAACCAAACGACUCCACUCCACCCCUGCAGAAAAGUCAGCUGUCUCUACAAAGCCUAAGCAACAAUGGAAAAGAUGAGGACUGCCUGUGAGACCUACUUUCUGCAGAGCUUGACCCUAAUGCUAACCCUGCUGAGUGGAAUCAGUACCAUGCCUGUGAGUGACGCGGACUCACUGUGCUCUGCGCUGUCCACUGCCAAGUACAGACUGACGUUCACCGGCAAGUGGAGCAAGACUGCCUUCCCCAAACAGUUCCCCAUCUACAGGCCUCCUGCACAGUGGUCUCCGCUCAUCGGUGUUACUCACAGCUCAGACUACCACAUCUGGCAAGAGAACCUUUACGCCAGUAACGGGGUGAGAGAGUUCUCAGAGAAAGGAGAAGCCUGGACCCUGAUUAAGGAAGUGGAGGCAGCUGGAGAGCGUAUCCAAAGUGUGUACGGUCUCUUUUCCAGCCCAGCUGUGCUCGGAGGGACGGGCCAGACCAGCACGGAGUUUGAGGUCUAUGCCAGGCACAACCUUUUGUCGUUCAUCGUGCGUCUCGUUCCGAGCCCCGACUGGUUCGUCGGGGUCGACAGUCUGAAUCUGUGUGAAGGAGACCAGUGGAAAGAAAACAUAAGUCUGGAUCUGUACCCCUAUGAUGCUGGCACAGACAGUGGCUUCACCUUUUCUUCACCCAAAUAUGAGACCAUUCCUCAGGAUCAAAUCAUGCAGAUCACAUCAUCGUUUCCGAGCCACCCGGCCAACUCGUUCUACUAUCCACGACUGAAACAUCUCCCUCCGAUCGCCAAGCUGAUGCUCACCAGGAUCAAGAGCAAACUGGUCUUUAGUCUUCCCAUCGAGCACACGCAGUCGAACCUGAUACCCACCGGCAACGAAAUAGACGAAAUAGAGUCUCUCAUCAAUACGCCUCUGGACUGCGAGGUGUCCGCCUGGUCACCGUGGGGUUUGUGCAAAGGUCAGUGCGAGGAGAAUAAAAAAGGCGUGAGAUAUCGAACCCGCUACAUUCACAUACAGCCGGCUAACAACGGUGCGGCAUGCCCGCCUCUCGAGGAGGAGAGAGCCUGUGUUCCUGACAACUGUGAGGGAGGAUCUACUCCAUGACGUCUAUCACUACCAUCUCUACAUCUCUCUCCGAGCUCAGUCUGGUUCGGACCGCAGGCUGAAAAGGACGUUUUCAAUAAAAAGAUCCAACAAACAUCACAGCAAAAUGACUAGAACACAUAUUUCCACUCAGAAAUGUAAUUAAGGAGGCUAGAAUGAUAGCUAAUGUAAAUGACUCACAUAUGGAAUGCUAGUUAAGUGCUUUAUUACAGUCUGGUGUUAAUUUAAUUUAUCUGACUAAUAAAAGCCAA